AUGCCAUCGACCCACAAAAGAGAAAAGCCCUGGGAUACUGACGAUAUCGACAAGUGGAAGAUUGAAGAAUUCAAACCAGAGCACAAUGUCGGCGGAACUUUUGCAGAGGAAUCCUCCUUCGCCUGCCUGUUUCCCAAAUACCGGGAACUCUACCUGAAGCAGGCUUGGCCCCUGGUCACCAAAGCGUUGGAAAAGAGAGGCAUUGCCUGUACACUGGACUUGGUUGAAGGCCGCAUGGAAGUCCGCACCACCCGCAAAACCUUCGAUCCAGCCGCCAUUUUGGAUGCCCGCGACCUCAUCAAAUUGCUCGCUCGAAGCGUCCCCGCACCACAAGCCAUCAAAAUCCUCCAGGAUGACGUUGCGUGCGAUGUCAUCAAGAUACGAAAUUUAGUGCGGAAUAAAGAACGUUUUGUCAAACGUCGUCAACGAUUGCUCGGCCCUAACGGUUCGACCUUGAAGGCCCUCGAGUUGCUCACGAACACCUACAUCCUCGUUCAAGGCAACACGGUCAGCGCCAUGGGUGGCUACAAGGGCCUGAAGGAAGUAAGAAGAGUGGUCGAAGAUUGCAUGAACAAUAUCCAUCCCAUAUACCAUGUGAAAGAACUCAUGAUCAAGCGCGAACUGGCAAAGGAUCCUGCCCUGAAGGAUGAAAGUUGGGACCGUUUCCUGCCACACCUCAAGAAGAAGACGCUAAGCAGGAGGCGCACACCCUACAAGGUCACCGACAAGAGCUCGAAUCCGUAUACGCCAUUCCCGCCGCCGCGCGAAAAGAGCAAAGUUGAUCUGCAGAUCGAAAGCGGAGAAUAUUUCCUUGCCAAGCAGGCAAAAGAGAGAGUCAAGGAGCAAGAAAGACUGGAGAGACAGAAGGAGAAGAAGGAAGAAAAGGAGCGCCAGCGAGCAGAAGCUUUCGUGCCUCCCAAAGAGGAGCAAUCCCAAAAGAAGGCGAAGAGGAAGGCAUCGGCGGACGAAGACGUCCCGAAGUCCAAGAAACACAAAAAAGACAGUGAGUGA